AUGUUUCUUGGAGAAUUUUAUUUUUUAUUAAUACUUUAUUAUGUAAUAUUUAAUAGAGCUCUACAGAUUAAUAAAUAUAAGCAUCUUUUUUUAAAUAGUUUGAAUUUUAAAAAUAAUUUUGGAGAAAAUAAAAUAUAUCUUAAAAAAAAGAAUUUUGUAAUAAAUAAUAUAACAAAGAAAUUAAAACGAAUAACAAGUCAUGAAUUAUAUUGUUAUGAAUAUAGAGAAAAAAACGCAGAUUAUGAAUAUGAUGAGCAAUCUGAAAAUGCAUAUAUCAAUGAUAUCGAAGAAGAUUAUGACAACGAAUAUGAAGAACCGUAUAGUGAUGAAAAUAAGAAAAAAAGAAAAAUAGAAUAUAGAAAAAUAUUUAAUGUUGAUGAAAAUGAUGAAUAUAGUAUUUUAUCUCCAAAAUAUAAUUUGAACAUUUAUAAUAUAUUAGAAAAAAAGUAUGAUAAGAAAGAAGAUGAAAAUAGAGUUAUUUUAACGAUAAAUAAUUUAAGCUAUGAAAUAAAUAACAAAAAACUUAUAAAUAAUUUAAAUUUUCAAUUGAACAAAUCGGAAUGUGUAAGUUUGAUAGGUAAUAAUGGAUGCGGAAAAACUUCUUUAUUGAAUUUAAUAUUUGAAAAUGCUGAUAAAAAUUCUGAAAGUAUAAUUAUAAAUAACAAAAUGAAUAAAAAUUUAUUAAAUUUUAAUAUAAAUGAAGAAAAAUUAUUUUCUCUAAUUAAUAAAAAUAACUUUGAGAUACUAUAUAAAAUAUUGUCAUAUAUGAAAAAUAACUCAUUAGAAUUAAGUAACAUGCCAUCUUUAAUAAAAAAUAAAAAUAUAUCAUAUUUUCAAAAUAAAAAUAAUAAUAAAAUAAAUAAUAAUGAAUUAUUUUUUAAAAAUGAUGUUUUUUAUUUUAAGCAAAAUAUUCAUUUAUUAGAAAAAAAUAAUCUAACCGUUUUUGAAAAAGUUUUGAAUUUUUAUGAAAGUACAUUAGAAAAGUAUGAAGUUUUAAAUUAUAUAGAAGAAAACAUUAGUAAGUAUCAAAAAUAUGAAAUAGUGAACAAACUUAGUAUAAAAGAUAAUCAAUUACAUAAUCAAACAGCUGAAGAUAAAUCUAAAAGUUUAAAAAAUAACAAUAAUAUAAAUUCUAAUAAAAUAAAAUUAAAUAGAGUUAUUGAUACUGUAAGUAAUAGUAAUAAAAAUAUUAAUGACAAUAUUGGCAGUCAUAAUAAUGAGGAAUAUUUAAAUGAUAUUAAUGAUAAAUUGAAGCUUUCUACAGAUAAUUUUAAUGAAAAUUUUGUUAAAUCUAAGUAUUUUGAAAUUAUUUUAAAAUUAUAUAUGCAUGAAAAAGAAUAUAUUUUUAAGGAAAUAAAUGAUAUCAAAAUGAACUUUAAUAAAUACGUAAAUAUAUUAAAUUUGAAAAAUUUUCUCGAUGUAAAAUUGUGCCAUUUGAGUAAUGGUUAUAUUAUUCGGGUAUACUUGUUAUUGUUACUAUUAAGUAAAUCUAAAUUAUUAUUAAUAGAUGAAAUAAAUAAUAAUUUAGAUAUAUUCAAUAUAUUUUUUAUAAUGAAUAUCUUUAAGUAUUUAUUAAGAUUUAAAAAGAUUGGAAUUAUAUUAGCAAGUCAUGAUUUUUUUUUAGUAAGCAAACUAUGUAACCGAAUAUUAGACUUCAACAAAAUUGAUGGUUACGAUAUUGAUUUUAAUAACAUUGCAUUAUUAAAAAAAAUUAAUAAAAAUAAUUCUAAAGAUAUAAAUGAAUCAAAAAAUAAUGAAAACAGUUGUAAUUUAACAUAUUUUCAAGGAAGUUACACUGAAUAUUUAAAUAACAUGAAAAUUUUGUUUGAUAACAGAAGAAAAAAAAAAGAAGAACUUAAAAAAAUAUUAGAUCAGCUAAACUCCACUAUAUCUAAAAGUAAAAAAAAAAAUAAAAAAGAAUUUAUGCAACAAUUUAUAAAAAAGAAAGAGGAAGAAUUAAAAUUAUACCAAAAUAUUUAUUCGAUUUGUUUUGAUAGUGAAUUAAAUUAUCAAUAUAUGUAUUAUAAUUUAAUUUAUAGUAGUAAAAACAAAAAUAAUUCUAAAAAUUAUGGGAAACAAUUGAAUAAAAAUUUAGCUAAUAAGGAAAAUAUGAAUGUGAAUAAUGAAAAAAAAAACUUUAAGCAGAACACUGAUUUAAAUGAAAGAGAAAAUGAAAUAAGUGUCGAUAAUACAUAUGAAAAUAUAAAAAAAAAAAAUUAUGAUGAACACACAAAUAUAGAAAAUAUUUCUGAUAAUAGGAAAAGCGGAAAUUCUCAAAACUUAAUUGAUUAUGGUGUUAAUGUAAAAACAGAUGAAAAUCAAUCAAUAUAUAAAGAAGAAAAUGAAGAUGAAGAAGAUAUAAAAAAAUUUAUUUAUAAUAAACUUAAUGAUGUAGAAAGUGAUAUGAAUAAAAAUAUUUUGAUAGAUAUGAGUAAAAAAAUUAAAAACAAUGAAUUAAUACAAACUGGUGAAACGUAUUCAAGAAGUAAUGCAACUUUAUAUGAAUUUGAUAAUUUCUCCUUUUAUUUCUUAAAUAAAAAGAAUAAAAAAAAAUAUAUAUUUAAAGAUAUAAAUGUAAAUAUUAAUAGUGGUGAAAAUGUUUUAAUACUAGGAAAAAAUGGAAUAGGAAAAUCAACUUUUUUUAAAAUAAUAACUAAUAAAUAUAAUUUAGUAUUAAAAGAAAAAGAAGAAAAAAAGAAAAGUAUUUACGCUUAUGGAGAUAAUGAUAAUGAAGAAAAUAAUGAUAAUAUAGAACAAAAGAAAAACAAAAAGUUUGAUUAUGAAGGAACAAUUAAUUGUAAUUUUAACAAUGUAUUAUUAACAUAUUUUGAACAGAAUAUGAUAAAAAGUUUAAAUUUAGAAAUUAAUGAUCACUUUAAAAAUUUAAUAGAAAAUGUUAGUUAUUACCCUAUUAAUUUUCAUGAUAAUUUUGAAACUAAUUCAUUCGAUGAAAAUUUUUUUUAUGUUUUAAAUAAGACAAAAUUAUUCUGCAAUGAUAAAAUUGAUAAUAUUGAAGAUAAAAUUAAAGCGUUGUUAAAAAUAUUUUAUAUUGAUAGUUCAACUUCCAUUAAAGAAAAGAGUGGAGGAGAAAAAGUUAGAAUAUUAUUUCUUUCUUUAUUUUUAAAAAAAUCAAAUUUAUUGUUAUUAGAUGAAAUAAACAAUAAUCUAGAUAUUUAUUUGAAAAAUCUCUUGUUAAAUUUUUUAAAUUUUAUAUAUGAAGGAAAUUACAUAUUAACUACUCAUGAUUUUUAUAUUAUAAAAAAUUUGAAUAAUAUUCACAAAAUAAUUUAUAUUUUUGAUUAUAAGAAUGUAUUCACUUUUUAUAAUGUUAAAGAUUUCAUUGAAAAUUUUUACAAUUUUAUUUUAAAUUCAUUCAAUGUGUUUAAAAAAGAUGAGGAAUUACAUAAAAAUUUAAAUACCAAACAAAUAUAUAAUAAAAACUCAAAAGAUUCACAUUUUUACCAACAGACAAGCACCUUAGAUAACUAUUUUAAUAAUAACAAUGAAAUUAAUACACUUAGAAUAAAUAAAAACAAAUAUGAAAAUAGUACUAAAAAGGAAGAAGAAUCAAAUACAAAAAAUUAUGAAAAACAUAUUUUUGAUAAUUAUGAUUAUAAAAUAUUAGAAUUCUUAAAAUGUUACUUAUUAAAAGAUAAAAAUGAAAGAAAAAAUUAUGAACAAAUAAAUGUUCAAGAGAUUAAUGAAAAAAAAAAUACUAACAAAAAAAAUUUUGGCGGUAAAGGAUCCUCAGGAAAGAUAAAAAUAAAGAAUUGGAAAAGAUGGAAGAAGUAA